AGAGAGCAAAGAUCCAGCAGCUUUUUAUCCGGAGGAACCACUGACGCCUCUUGCAAAUGAGGCAGUGGCAAUGCUGAGGGAGCAGCGUGUUGAAUGGCACGAGGGGGAGGAAAUACCCGGUCCUCAGAGUCUGGCUGAGAUCGGGAGACGACAGGAUGUGCUGGUAGCUGGAGGAGCGACCGUGCUAGCCAAUGGGGCCAAAGGCGCUGCUGCAGGGUGGUGACCUCUCCAAAGAGACCUGAGGAUUAUUCAGCCCCCCCCCCCACACACACAGAGGUCUGCGAUAGGAUUUGGUCUCUAUGGCAGCGUUAAACAUUGCAGGAGGCACCUUGCCUGCGCGUCUUGAUUAUUGACACCCCAUCGCAAGUGGCGAAUGCAGCCAUCCGCAAGGUUAUGAAGAUUAUGAUCACAUGUGCAGCUCUGCAUAGCUGUUCCCUUGGAGACGAUGGUGGUUCCCUAGAGAAUAGGUGGAAAUGCCUGGUUAACCAUCAGCAUCCUGCUCUUUUUAUCCAAAAGAGUCUCUAACUACUUUUUAACAACUUUCUGUUUUAUUCCAUCAUGUUGUCUUUACCAGCUUAAACUAUUUCCUAAGAUGGUCCUUUUGCUGUUCCUUGCAAUCCUGUUAUUGAAGGAAGAUGUCAGUGGGAACUUUGGGUUUUUGGUUUCUGCACAAUCCAAUGAAAGACGGGUGGUUGCACAUAUGCCUGGUGAUAUUAUCAUUGGAGCUUUGUUUUCUGUUCACCAUCAGCCAACUGUUGACAAGGUCCAUGAGAGAAAAUGUGGAGAGGUGAGGGAGCAAUAUGGCAUACAGAGAGUGGAAGCAAUGCUUCAUACCCUGGACAGAAUUAAUCUGGACCCAACACUGUUGCCAAAUAUAACACUAGGCUGUGAAAUAAGGGACUCUUGUUGGCAUUCUGCUGUGGCUCUAGAGCAAAGCAUUGAGUUCAUAAGGGACUCUCUUAUUUCAUCGGAAGAAGAAGAGGGGAUAGUGCGCUGUGUCGAUGGAUCUUCAACAUCGAUCCGCUCCAAGAAACCCAUUGUUGGCGUCAUUGGACCUGGUUCUAGUUCAGUAGCGAUCCAGGUCCAGAACUUGUUGCAGCUUUUCAAUAUACCUCAGAUUGCUUAUUCUGCCACAAGCAUGGACCUAAGCGACAAAACUCUGUUCAAGUAUUUCAUGAGAGUCGUGCCAUCUGAUGCACAGCAAGCUCGAGCUAUGGUGGACAUUGUGAAACGCUAUAACUGGACCUAUGUUUCUGCUGUACAUACUGAAGGAAACUAUGGUGAGAGUGGAAUGGAAGCCUUCAAAGAUAUGUCGGGCAAGGAGGGGAUCUGCAUUGCUCAUUCCUACAAGAUCUAUAGCAAUGCUGGAGAACAGAGUUUUGACAAGCUGUUGAAAAAGCUAAGGAGCCACCUGCCCAAGGCAAGAGUGGUUGCUUGCUUCUGUGAGGGCAUGACUGUGAGAGGGCUGCUAAUGGCCAUGAGGCGCUUGGGUCUGGCUGGAGAGUUUUUGCUGCUAGGCAGUGAUGGCUGGGCAGACAGGUACGAUGUGACAGACGGGUAUCAGCGGGAAGCUGUUGGCGGAAUAACGAUCAAGCUUCAGUCUCCUGAUGUGAAAUGGUUUGAUGACUAUUACCUGCAGCUUCGGCCAGAAACCAAUCUCCGAAACCCCUGGUUUCAGGAAUUCUGGCAGCACAGGUUCCAGUGCCAGCUGAAGGGGUAUCCACAAGAGAAUACUAAAUACAACAAGACUUGCAACAGUCAGUUGACUCUCAAAACACAACAUGUUCAAGAUUCUAAAAUGGGAUUCGUAAUCAAUGCCAUAUAUUCUAUGGCAUACGGUCUUCACAACAUGCAGAUGUCACUAUGCCCAGGCUAUGCGGGUCUCUGUGAUGCCAUGAAGCCUAUAGAUGGUCAAAAACUCCUGGAUUCUCUCAUGAAGACUAACUUCACUGGGGUUUCUGGAGAGGUGAUCUUGUUCGAUGAGAAUGGAGACUCACCAGGAAGGUACGAGAUUAUGAAUUUUAAGCAAAUGGGGAAGGAUUACUUUGACUAUAUCAAUGUUGGAAGUUGGGACAAUGGUGAAUUGAAGAUGGAUGAUGAUGAAAUAUGGUCAAAGAAAAAUACUGUCAUCAGAUCAGUCUGCAGUGAACCAUGUGAAAAAGGCCAGAUAAAGGUGAUCCGUAAAGGAGAAGUCAGCUGCUGCUGGACCUGUACACCUUGUAAGGAGAACGAGUUUGUCUCUGAUGAAUACACAUGCAAGGCGUGCCAGCUGGGCUCCUGGCCCACCUAUGACCUUACAGGUUGUGAUCACAUCCCAGUCCAGUACCUCAGAUGGGGCGAUCCUGAACCAAUAGCAGCAGUUGUUUUUUCCUGUCUGGGUCUACUGGCCACCCUGUUUGUUACAGCUAUAUUCAUCAUGUACCGCGAUACCCCAGUUGUCAAGUCAUCCAGCCGAGAACUCUGCUACAUUAUUCUCGCUGGCAUCUGCUUGGGUUACUUGUGUACUUUCUGUCUCAUUGCAAAGCCUCAACGGAUUUAUUGUUACCUUCAAAGAAUUGGCAUCGGUCUGUCCCCAGCUAUGAGUUACUCUGCCCUAGUAACUAAAACCAACCGCAUUGCAAGAAUUCUAGCUGGCAGCAAGAAGAAAAUCUGUACAAAGAAACCUAGGUUCAUGAGUGCCUGUGCCCAGUUGGUUAUUGCAUUUAUAUUAAUAUGUAUACAGUUAGGCAUAAUUGUUGCCCUUUUCAUAAUGGAGCCACCAGAUAUAAUGCAUGAUUAUCCAAGUAUCCGAGAGGUCUACUUGAUUUGUAACACCACCAACUUGGGUGUCGUAACUCCCCUUGGAUACAAUGGAUUAUUAAUUUUAAGUUGCACCUUUUAUGCAUUUAAGACCAGAAAUGUCCCAGCUAAUUUCAAUGAAGCGAAGUAUAUCGCCUUUACAAUGUAUACCACCUGUAUCAUUUGGCUGGCCUUUGUGCCCAUAUAUUUUGGUAGCAACUACAAGAUAAUCACCAUGUGUUUUUCUGUAAGCCUGAGUGCCACUGUGGCCCUUGGCUGCAUGUUUGUGCCAAAGGUGUACAUCAUCCUCGCUAAGCCAGAAAGGAAUGUACGCAGCGCGUUUACCACAUCGACCGUGGUCCGCAUGCAUGUAGGGGAUGGAAAGUCAUCUUCAGCUGCAAGCCGCUCAAGUAGCCUGGUCAACCUAUGGAAAAGAAGGGGAUCAUCUGGUGAAACUCUAAGGUACAAAGGCAGGAGGCUGGCCCAGCACAAGUCGGAAAUAGAGUGUUUCACCCCAAAAGGGAGUAUGGGAAAUGGUGGGAGAGCUACAAUGAGCAGCUCUAAUGGAAAAUCGGUCACAUGGGCCCAGAAUGAGAAGAGCCGCAGCAGGGGAGCGCACCUCUGGCAAAGGCUCUCAGUCCACAUCAACAAAAAGGAGAACCCUAAUCAAACCGCCGUGAUCAAGCCCUUUUCGAAGAGCACAGACAGUAGCCGACAUAGCAGCAGUGCCACAUUUCCAGAGACCAGUGCCAAAAUGCUUUAUGACGUCUCAGAAGCAGAGGAGCAAUACCCAGCUCAGUUCCAGCCACAGACCCCCUCGCCUAUCAGCACGGUGAGCCACAGGACUGCCUCCAUUAGCCGAACAGAUGACGAUGUCCCCACAUCCCAGACAGAACGUGCCCAGCGAAACAGUUCCUCCCAAGGUUCUCUGAUGGAGCAAAUCAGCAGUGUGGUCACACGCUUCACAGCCAACAUCAGCGAGCUGAACUCUAUGAUGCUUUCAACAGCCACACCGGGAGCAAUGGUGGCCACUCCUCUCUGCUCUUCCUACCUGAUCCCAAGAGAGAUCCAGCUUCCUACAACAAUGACCACUUUUGCAGAGAUCCAGCCGCUCCCUGCCAUUGACGUCAAUGGUGCAUCGCAGUCCGCUAGAAAACCUUCAUCUGGCAGCAUCAAAGAAGGUACUUCGGAGGCACCAGCGGUGAAGCAAGAUCUUGAGGAGUUGAUGGCUUUAACUCCUCCCUCACCUUUUAGAGACUCCAUUGAUUCUGGGAGCACAUCUCCCAGCUCUCCAGUGUCAGAAUCAGCUCUUUGUAUCCCAUCGUCCCCGAAGUAUGACAAGCUUAUUAUAAGAGAUUACUCUCAAAGUUCUUCUUCAUUGUGAAUGUAGUUCAAGACACCAUUGGAUCUCGACAGCUGCAAGCAGGUAGAGCGGGAACAGCCAAGCCUUCAAGAUCUCUAGUGUUUACAGAGAUACAUUGAUAGGCAUUGGGUCAUCAUGUAAAGAAUGGAGGGGGCAAUAGAGAAUUAUUCGAUAAAUGGAAACAUCAGAAUAAUUAUGCUAUUUUAAAGAAACAAAACUUUGAGCAGAUUUUCGUGGCCUUACAAAACAUGGGCUUUUAAGAAACACUGCAUCUAUUUUUGAGGGCUUAUAAGGAGUCUGUUAAAUCAGUUACAUACCAAGUGCUUUGCUUUAGUAUAACAAUGAACUGUGUGUAAAAUAUAUGAAAAAGUAGACUGUAAGCGACUGUACAAUGUUUUCUUUAUUUACUCCGAUUCCUUACCCAGAAGUGAACCUUGAUCUAUUAUCAAGAAUAGAAGACCAAACAUUGAAUGUACAUUUUCUAACAGACUCAAAAUCUGGCACCAAUGUGUCAGGCUCUUUUUUUUCUAUGAAGAUCUCAAAAAGCAGUAAUGUAUGUUUAGUAACUACCAAACUUUUGCUGAAGCGUAUCAUGCUGGUGAUACCCUACAUGUAGAUAAUAAUAAACUGCAGCUUUGCAAUGUGUGACUGCAAUAUGGAGGGCUUUACAAGUGACUUCUCAACCUACAGAUUUGUUUAUGAAAUUCUCUUCUAUAAGUAUUAAAAGUUCAAUUUAUUAACAUUGGAUACACCUUCAUAGCAACAAAAUGUGAGGAUGAUUUCCUGACUCUUUCACCACAUUGCCAGCCAACGAUGGAGUAGCAAAAAAAUAUUUUCUGGAGUACUGUUUUGUAAUUCCCUUAUCAGGACAAGUGUUGAGGAGCAUAUUCUGUUUCUAGCAGUAUUAUUGAGCUAUAGCAUUGCUGCAUUAUGAAAUUAACACAUUUUUAUGGUCAUUCUUAUGGUAAUUUUGCCAGUUAAAAUACCAUACUUAUUCAGGCUCCCAUAUCCUUUGUUUUUAAGGAACAGGUAAACACUCUAUGGGUUUUCUCAAUUUUUAUAAAGGUAGAUAACUGAGAAAGCAGUCUGGAUUAUGAUGAAGGAAUACUAUCAAUGGAAGGAUUGUCAUGAUCAUAAUUUAUUUAUGAAAAAAACCCUGUAUCAAAGUCUGCUUAGAGGUGGCUUAGCUACUCUUCAAUAAGCAACGAUUUUAACUCUAGUUAGCUGCAGAUGCAUUGCAGCUAUGAACUGUGACAAAAGAAGAUUUUCAAAGCAAUACAGAGUAUAUGUUCAAAAAGGGGGAUCUAAUGAGAUACAAACCAACAUAGUCUUUCUUUGUUUCUUAGCAGCUCAUAGAAGAGGCGAGGGAAUUAUUGACAUUUUUUUUCCUGUAUCAAAAUAUCUACUAGUACAGUUUAGUACACUUCAUGUUGUCAUGGCAUUUUUAAAUACAUGCAGGAAGAGAUUUAAAAUUUGAAUAGAAGCAAAAUAAUUUUUGAUAGCUAUGUUGAAACAAUGCAUAUUAUAAAAAAAGAAAAGGAGUACUUGUGGCACCUUAGAGACUAACAAAUUUAUUUGAGCAUAGGCUUUCGUGAGCUACAGCUCACUUCAUCGGAUGCCAUAUGCAUAUUAUAAUUUGCUUUCUCCCUUCCCUCUCCCAAUGACACAGCUAUCCUCAGGUGCCAAAAUUUUGUGGUUUUUUUCUUAUAAAUAAGGAUAGUAUGAAGGGGUGGGUGAUUUACUGUAAUUCAAAGUCAAGUUGAUGCAGCCUUAUAUAGAAGAUAGCCUUAUGGAAGAGAGCCUUGGAAUAAGGCUGCUGUGUAUUAUUUUUUAAACUCACUAAUCUUAUUUCUUUGCAGCUCUCAAAUACUUUUCAAUCAAAAUGUAUUUUUUUCAGGCAUUUUAAAACAGAAAAAUUUCAUAUGAUUAAAAAGUGAAAGCACAUUUGUUCAUUUCAGCAAAGAGUAUUACUAUUCUAUUUUUAAGUGAGCUCUGUCGUGAUUUUAUACCAUACAUCCCAAUUCUCCAUUCAAUUAAUUUUUUUAACAAAAUAUCUGAAUGAAAGCACUAUAAAAUAACACCCUCCCCUAAACCUGAUCCAGUACUUUUUGCUCAAGGAAUAGUAAUUAUUUAUUUAACUAACUGCCUGUGUCUUAUGAGACACAGACUUUUUAAGUUUUCUUGGUCCAUCUGGAAAAAUGGGCAUUUCAAAUCAGGAAUACAAUAUAUAUGUUCUUAGUAGGGACUCUAAACCUCUAUGAAACUAUCUGAAAUAUUGUACAUGGAAGAUUUGCAAGGUACUAUAUAUGUUUUCCUUUAACACAGAGCUGCUUUCAUUCAUGGAUAGUUUAGGUGGGUUGUUUACCUGUAUUUCAGAUGGACUGUAUUAUAUAUUAAGUGCCCUCCCCUCCUUCCACCUCCCCUCCACUCCUUAAACAAAUGUGUCAGUUGUGUAGCCUCCUUUCUCAUGCUGGCAGGUACUUACAUAAUUAUCCCUCAAUGGGAUUGCUUGCAUGAGUAGGUGAUUACCAAUGUGAGUACGGAUUGUACAAGUGGUCCCUUAAAAUAUGUUGUUAAUCAGUCUUCUUUAAGAAAAAAGAAGGAGUAAGAGGGGAAGGCUAUCAAAUCAUGAUACAAGAUAAAUAAUGCAUUCACUGUUACACAGCUCCUAAAUCAAAAUUCUGAAGAAUCAUUCAGUCUAACUGGCCAUUGUUGCUGUUCAGAGUUUGUUCAUCUUUUUUAUAUUGCCAAUAAUGCAUUCAUCCCUCAGUUUAAUGGUUGGGUACCACUUCCAUCUAUUGGUUGAUUAGGACCCUAACAUUAUACUAGCCAUCUUUUAAACACUCUUUGCUUUGUCACUAAGGAUUCAUUUUCCUUGUACUCCUGCAUGCUCAAGGAAUGCAAGACUGACCCUAUUGAGAUAGUACUUUUCUUCUCUGCUUGACUUCCAAGACUUUGAUAUCUAAUCAGCAACGAAGAAUAGCUUGUUAUUAGUACUAGGCAUGGGAUGGCAGAACACAUUUCGUUGGGCAGGCUGGUCCUUGGGAGAUUUACGUGAAUUUUAUAGAGAGAGGAGAAGUUCUUUGGGAAUAAUGAGGAGCAACACAAAGGACUUAAGCAUUGGAAGAGUCAGAGGCGUCUUUAUGGAACUGUAGGGUCCCAAGCAAGAAUCCAGAGGAUUUGGUGGAGGAAGGGAGAGAAAUUGGGGGUUCUAAUAAUUAUUUUCCUUGCACCACUAGUGUACUAGAUUCUUUACAGGGAGAUGUGAAGACAAGGUUCUCACCUGGAAGACCUCACAGUAUGAAUAAACAAUGUGCAAGUAGAUGAUGGGUUACCUUCCAGUUCUGCUGCUGGAAAGGAAAUUGUUUACACUGCAGGGAAAACACUAACAUUCUUGACAGUGAAGACUGCCCCAAAACCCUACACUUAUUCUGAAGGCCGGCCCUAGGAGAAUGCAGGUCUGAGCCCUCUCUGGAAGCCAUGCUACUGAAAUAAAGUGAGCAGAUACAGCAGACCAGUUACAAGCAUCUGUGUAAAGUGCUAGAAAAAAUGAGGCAGAACUGUAUUUGAAAAUUGACUGUUUAUUGUAUGACUUUGGAGAUUUAUUCCCUCCUAUUUCUCAUCUAAAAAUAUCUAAGAUACUUGGUGAUUGGCCUUCUAUAGAUAUCUUAGACCAGAGGUUCCUAGAUCAUGGUCCAUAGAGCACUUGCUCAUGCCUCCUGAAGACCUGGCUAAUCACAUGGUGCUGGCUCCUUCUUCUGACUUCCUGCUGUGAAACAGCAUUAAAAGAUAGCUAAAAAUAUGUUAUAUACUUUCCUUAACUUACUUGGGCAGAUAUGCAAUUGCUAUGGUUGGUACAGGAAUGUUUGUGAUCACAAAUGGGAGGGGAAGUCGUCUAUGUGAGUGUGAUUAGGAGGAAAGGUGAUCCAUGAGACAAUUUCUGGAUCACCAUGUGGUUCACAUGAAAACAUUUGUGAACCUUUACCUAGAGAGCAAAAGAGACUAGAUAGAGAACAUAGGUGCAAAUGUUGAUGCCUGAGAGAAAAUUAUCUUUAUGCUCAUUACUAGAGCCAGAUCCUACCAGACAGAAAGAGAGAAAAUAGGGGAAGAUUUAUCACAAACGCCAGUUUCUGAGAGAAAUCAGAUUACUGUGCUUGUGAUGAGUAAUUAUGGCUAGAUCAUUAUCUCAACAGACACCAGUGGAAAUCCACUGAGGUCUUACUCCAGGUUUACAUCAAUGUAAAUGAGAUCUGAGACUAGCCAUGGCCAGUGAAGUCUAGACAUUGACUGUUUAUUCCAGCAGGGUAUGGUAGGAGGAAAGAGGUUUCUUAAGAUUUUGCUUGAUCCAUACACCAUAAAUAGUUGAUUAGAUUAAUUCUUAAGAGAACUCUUUUAGUUCAGUGGCUAGAACCUUCCCCAUGGAUUUGCUUUACCAUUUACCUAGCAGGUAACCCUAUAGACAAAUAAAAUUGUGGUUGGAAAUGUCAAGGGUUGUGCGAAUAAUUUAUCCAUAAGUAGAAAACAGGUCAUGGCUUUACUGUUGUUUCCUGAUUCCCAGAAAGAGAAUUAAAAUGUUUCCCCAAGAGUCAUAUGCUACACUCCCAGGAUGUACGACACAUGUUGGAACUUUGACUGAACUACCUGAGGUCACUUUUUUGCCACAGCUUAUCAUUACACCUAAGCUGUUAAAAUCUCUGUAGUUGCCAUUUACAAUUUUAUACUGUGAAAAGAAUAAAUAACUACAUAAUACAGAUCAGUGAAACAUAAAGGUAAGUAAGAAAUUCAUCUCUUUGAUGACUUGGUAUACGUGGUUGGUUUUCUCUUGUCUGAGCAACGACAGUGCAAACUCUAAAUAAUAAACAGCUGAGUCACUCUGAUCUGCCAAAUGGGAAUAAAUAUACUAUGUAUAUUAUAUGUACUGAUAGGAUUCAAUGGCAGCUGCUGGUGGUAUUUGUAAUUUGAACUCUAUAUAGAAUAUAGAUGUUUUAGAGAGAUGGUGCCAAUUCUAAAAGAUUUGUGUGGGCUAUAAGUGCUUGUAAUUAUUAUUAUUAUUUUUAUUUGUUAAUAACUUAUUAUGAAAAUCUGGUUUUAAACAUUCUGUGAGUUUUUGUCCCUUUCUUAUGUUGCUGCUUAUACUAUUAAAACAAUAGAGAAUGUAAAAUUAUUUUGAUGUGAACUAAAAAAGAUUUUUCAUAAAAUUUAACAUUUUUAUCAGCUUUGGGUUUUGCGGUCUACCUGUAUAAAUGUAAUUUAUUUUAGCAUUUAAAAAUACAUUUGCUUGUUUCUCAGUUGUCUACAUCAUGUUAUAGUUGAUGUUUAUGUAAAGUCAGGUACUUUUUGAACAGUAUUAAAAAAAUCCUGUGAUAUGA